AUGUCUGCCGACGAACAGUUUGCACAUUCUGGUAUAAUAAUUGCUGGUCAAGAUGAACAAAUAGAUACUAUGGGGAAAUUGGCAAAUGCUGUACUUGAUGAUAUUUUCUAUAAUAUCAUUCAUGAUAUUGUAUUACAGACUCAUCGUGAAGAGAAAAUUGCAAAAGCAUGUUCGGCUGCUAUUGUUAUUGAGCAAAAAGUCGCGGAAACCAAUCCUGAUUCAUCAGACGAUCCUACGAAUUCAUGGAACACAAAUCAAAUUAUAGAAACCGAUGCUGCGAAAUGGGAAAAUAAAGAAGUUACCUUGAAAGGCAAUCCUUUACAAUUGGUCGAUGAGAUUAUUUGCGCAAAGUGUGGUUUACCUCGACUUCUACAACCUACAGAUGGAGUGGGUGCAAAGAAACCUACACCAGGAAAGGAGUUUUGCAAGAAGAAACCUUUCAUUGAGAAACCAUGGCAUGAUGUUUAUGGUCAGACGUAUGUGCCAGAAGGGCCAGGUAGAGGAAAGAAAAAGAAGGAUAUGAUUAAUCCUCUACUACAACAACAGAAAGAAGGAACACCAAACAGUAUGGAUGGUGAAGAUGAUGGACCUGCGAAACCAAUUUCUUUCCCUCACGCCAAAUGUCACAAUUGCAAUACAUUCUUACCGAUUAAACGUAUGAAUAACCAUAUGGUGAAAUGUAUCGGUGGUGGCGGAAGAGAUUCUGCACGAGCAGCAGCUUUUAAGAUUAAUGGAAAUGGUUUAGGUACAGGAAACAAUAGUCAGAAUGGUACACCACCAAUAAGUCGACAAGCAACACCACAACCCAAUGGAGGGAAGAGAACUAGUCCAAAUAAACGCGAAGCAGCCGAUGAUCCAGAUUUCGAAUCCGAUUCUCCACAAAAGAAGAAGAAGUUCUUGAAGAAACCAGGUAGCUCGGGUGGGAUUAUUCUGAAGAAUAAACUGAAAGCUCCGAAGAUGGCAAAGACAUCUUCACAAAUUCCCUCUUCAAACUUAAGUUUUGAACACAAAAGGCCGGAUAGUGAUGAUGAUAAUGAUUCGGGAGAUGAUGAUCGAGAUGGUGAAUAUGGAAGAAAAGCAAGUGUUGAACCGAAGAAGAAAAUGUUAGUUAAUAAAGCGGGGGCAGGAGUAGUUAAGAAAGCCAAGGAUGGACUUGGUAUUGCUGGAUUGAGUGAGAAGAAGAAGAAGAAGUUAUUAUUGGGAAGACCUGGUAGUGGUAGUUCAACACCAGUGCUGAAACCAGGUUCAAUACCACCAGAUGAGGAUAGGGAGAGAGAGAGGAAGAAGAUUAAGAAUGGAAACGGAAAUGCUCAUAAGAGAGAUAGGGAGAGGGAGAGGGAAAGAGAGAGGGAAAGAGAGAGGGAGAGAGAAAGGGAGAGGGGGAGGGAAAGAGAAAGGGAUAGGGAUAGGGAUUGGGCUAUGGAUGAGAAAUCUGAGAGUAGUCAGACUUUAUCCAGUCCGAAUUAA